UUCUGCUUCUGCUAUAAAUACCCAACGUUUGUCUACAAGCCAAAAACCCUCUCUCUCUACUUUCCCUUAUUUCACUUCCACGCCUCUCUCACCAAACUACAUUUUUUCGGCGACGAAUUUCCGGCGAAACAUUCCCAAUCGAAGUAUCCAUUUAUCACUAUGGUCGACGUGGACCGGAGAAUGACCGGUCUGAACCCGGCCCAUAUCGCCGGCCUCCGCCGCCUCUCCGCUCGAGCCGCCGCCGCCCCACCACCUUCUUCAACCCUUCCGGUCCGAACCGGCCGCCUCUCCUUCACUUCUCUCGCCGACAAAGUCAUCACCCACCUCAAAAACUCCGGAAUCCAAGUCCAAACAGGCUUGUCCGACGCCGAGUUCGCCCGAGCCGAGGCCGAGUUCGGCUUCCCUUUCCCACCCGACCUCAAAGCGGUUCUCUCCGCCGGUUUACCAGUCGGCCCCGGCUUCCCCGACUGGCGCUCCGGCGGCUCCGCUCGGCUCCAUCUCCGCGCCUCCAUAAACCUCCCUAUCGCCGCAAUCUCAUUCCACAUCGCGCGCAAUGCGCUGUGGUCGAAGUCUUGGGGUCCAAGACCAUCCGACCCGGAAAAGGCCCUCAAAAUCGCUCGAAACUCCAUUAAAAAAGCUCCACUUUUGAUACCCAUUUUCAACCAUUGCUACAUUCCUUGCAAUCCUUCACUAGCUGGAAAUCCCAUCUUCUUCGUUGACGAGACCCGAAUUUUCUGCUGUGGUUUCGAUCUCUCUGAUUUCUUCGAUCGCGAAUCUUCCUUGUUUCAGAGCUUAGACCCACAAGUCCUCUCCAAACAACAAUCCGUCAGAGAAAAAUCUGCCGGGUCGUCAUCGAAUUUCUCUCGUAGAAGCCUUGAUACCAAUACGGGUCAUAGAACACCCAGAUGGGUCGAGUUUUGGAGCGAUGCCGCCGUGGAUCGGCGGCGGAGGAACUCGAACUCCUCGUCUUCUUCGUCCUCGUCUCCAGAACGGUACAUCGACAUGCCCAGAUCAGAAAUGCCAAAAUGGGUCGAAGACUAUAUCGGGCAAAUUGGGUCGGUGUUGAGAGAAAGCGGGUGGGAGGAAUCGGACGUCGCAGAGAUCGUACACGUGUCGGCCUCCGGGUUCUUUGAAGGUGAGAUGGUUCUUCUAGACAACCAAUCGGUUCUCGAUGCUCUGCUCCUGAAAACGGAUCGGUUCUCGGAUUCGCUCCGGAAGGCCGGGUGGAGCUCUGAAGAGGUUUCGGAUGCGUUGGGGUUUGAUUUUCGACUGGAGAAGGAGAGGAAACCGGUGAAGAAGCUGUCGCCGGAGCUCGUUGAACGAAUCGGAAAACUGGCUGAGUCGGUUUCGCGGUAGUCAUGAUGGGUUUUACCGGCAACCGGCUAACAUGGAGAUACUUUUGAUUUUUUUUGUUUGUUUGUUUUUUUAAUUUUCGAGGUCUCGGGCUUGGGAAAAUUGGGAAGAAAAAAAAAAGAAUUGGGAAAUGCGCAGUUGUUGCACUAUGAAAUGUGUAUAUAUAUAUAAAGGAUUAAAGAGUGCAAAAAUACAUAUUUCUACCUCGUAUUCAUAUUGAAAUAAGGUAGCCGACAUGA